CUGAACGAAGAUAAACUGAAGUGUAAACUAAGGGCACUUGAAAAUCAGCUGCAGGCCUGCACCCAGAGUUACUCAAAGGAGUGCAUGAAGAAGAUCCUGGUGGAGAUGGAGGACCAGAAGCAGACCUACGAGCAGAAGGCAAAGGAGGCUCUUCAGAAGAUGCUGGAGGACAAGCUCCAAACAGAGCAGCAGCUGCAAAACUCUCAGAGAAGCCUGGCAACGAUGAGGGAGGACCUUGCCUUCUGGCAAGAGCACACCACCACACUCAAAGCCGAACUGACCAAGAUGAGUACGGCGCACACCGAGCUCGAGAACAGCUUCCAUGUCUUGCAAAGCGAACUGCAGCGAGCGGCCACGCAGAACGAGCAGCUCCGGCAGGCCCUGGGCAGCUUGCAGAACGAGCACGCCGUGCUCCGCCAGCGAGCCAGCGCCUUGCGGGAGGACAACGACCUGAAGGCAGAGCGCAUCAGCACCAUCGAAGAUAAAUUGCAAGAAGAACAAAACCAGAAGGUAACGCUGGAGGCAACAGUCAGCCAUUUGCACAAUUUGCUACGGAGCCGGACGCGGGCAGGGGAGGCCCAGGAGGCGAUGGUGCCAAGCCCAGACCAGGUUUCCACCACGCAGACCCCACCUCUCACUCCUGCCAAGGAAAAACAAAACGUUCUGUUAGAGCACCCCGAGGAGGAGGAGGGAGAAGAAAGUCUGAAGGACGAGAUGCAGAAAAGGACAUCCCAGCUUACAGCGAAGGAGAACGAGGUGACUGUAGGUACGCACAGGCAGCAGAAGGAACCCCCCCGUCACCGCAGCGCCCGUGCGUGGACGAAGCCCGGCCACCCUCGGUGCGUACAGGAGCCAGGGGAUCCCCCCGCUAACAGCCCCCCGCUCUGCUUGCAGUGCACGGAGCUGCGCUCGGAGCUGGAGGCCCUGAGCGAGGAGUACCGCUGCUGCCUGGCCAGGCUGCGCCAGUGCCGGGACGAGCUCAACCACUUCCAGAGCAAGCAGGCAAAGAGACGGUGCUGUCACUGGAUCCCUCUCCUGGUGGCAGUGGUAGCAACGGCCAUAGCCACCUUCCUGGCGAGUUACAGACCAUGA